UAGUCUCGAAUCUCGCGUCAAUUGUUCCGGCGUUAUUUCCGCGACGCGUUCCUUCGCCGUUUGUUCUCCGUUUGACCUAUGGAGAAUCGCGUGGGACCAACAGGUGCGGUGCAAGUGUCGUAAAUAAGAGGACGGGAAAGAAGUGGUAAACGGGAAGCGAACUUUGAGGAACGAGCAGGAACGCAAGAGAUGAAGGAUGGAUGAAAAAUACGCGAUCGCGACGCGGACAACUUUAUAUUUUUUUAAAUAAUUUUAUUUUAAUAUAUUUUUUACUUUGGUUUCCCCACAAUAUAUGUCAAAUAUUGCUGUACAGCAAUACACCUAACACAGUUAUUUAAAUAGCACUCUACUCUCUGAUGAAUAAAUUAAAUUAAAAAAAAAAAUAAAAUGAGAAAUUACCCAUAAUUUUUCCCCCAUAAUCGAGAUUCUAACUAAGACGACUCUAAGAUUCGAACGAUUUGAAGGACAUUAAUCGUGCGCGCAGAGGGUAUCAUUCGAAAUCGUCGUGGCGUUCGAAGGGCGGCCGCACUCGCGUCGCCUGUAUAAACGAUUCAGCUGAUCGAGAGAAGGAGGCUAAAUAAUUAACUCGUCGCGCCGCCAAGUGUUUUCGGAAGAACGACUAGAGUUGCUCGAUCGGGAAACUGAUCGUCUCCCGAGUUUACAAGAGAGACGCGCGCGGGUAUCGUGAAAUUUUCAAGAAGGUGCGAUACAGAAGCGGAAGAAAGAGUAGUAAUCCUUCUGGGAUGUCGACGUACGGAAGGUGGACUCUGUGGCCGGCGAGGACGCGUUUUCGACACUUGACAAAAUCAUCGGAGAUCCAUCGUAGCUGAGAUCACAACAGAUGAUCGAUCGGACCGAUUGAUUGCGUUAUCGCGCACCUUCAUUCGCUGAUUCGACACGUUCUUUUUCAACACGUUCGUCCCUAAAGUUGGCGAACGCGCGACAAAAAGAAAGGAAUUUCACUCUUAAAUUUCGCGACGCAGCGCGAGCAAGCCAAAAUUAUUUUCAGGAGAUUUGGAAAAAAGUGCAGCAGCUAUGGACUGGAGAAGGAUUGCCCUGGCAUUUCUAGUGAUCACAAUAAUGAGGCACAGCGAUAGCAGCACACACGCAGCUCAGAUACUUCAGCAACCACUGACGUCGACCGCUGCGAUAGCAAGCACUGUGCAGAUCGAGUGCGCGAGCGAAUCGAUAAUCGUUCACAUCUCGACGGAGCAUAACACGGACUUCCAUGGUCUGGUCUAUCCGCGCGGCUUAUCGAAAAACAGUUCGUGUUUACAGGAGUACAGGAGUCAGCCUGUUCCGAUCACUUACAAUCUACCGCUCAGAUCCUGCAACACCAUGCCCACCGAACUGGAGAACGGUGGUAUCGAAUAUUUCAACACCAUCGUGGUACAGCCACACCUGAAGUUGGUCACGAACCAGGGUAGAGGUUUUCACGUGAGAUGCAGAUACCAGACGCGCGACAAAGUCGUAACGAACGAUCAAACUCAAGUCUCCAUGAUGCAGUCUUUGCCGUUGCAGGCGACCGCACCGAUGCCGGGAUGCACGAUGAAGAUCUUCAGCGGUGAUCCAACGCAGCAUCACGUGGCUGAAAAUGUGAAGAUUGGCGAUCCCUUAACCCUGGUCAUUAGCAUAGACAAACAAGAGAUGUUCGGUUUGAAAAUCUCCGAUUGUCUGGUACGCGACGGCCUCGGGUGGGGCGAGCAGCGGCUCAUAAACGACGACGGUUGUCCGAUAGAUGGCGAGAUAAUGGGACAAUUCGUCUAUAACGAGGACAAAACGGAGGCCAGGGUGAAUUUCCAGGCGCACAAAUUCCCAUAUACAGCGAGCGUGUAUUAUCAAUGCAACGUUAGGCUGUGCGUCAAGCAUGGUGGAGGGUGCAGUAAUACGCCGCCGUUGUGCAAUUCGAUAGCCAGGCGACGCAGAGAUACCGCUAAUGCCCACGAGACGAAAGGUAUCGAAGAUUUGGAUGGCACCCCAGCAACGAUCGAAGUUUACAGUGGUCUUUACGUUAACGAAGCAUCGGACGUUAGUUCCAAGUCAGAUUUCUCCAACGACGUCUUUCGGGAAAGGGCUCUCGAUGAUCCGAACACCAUUUGCAUAUCGCAGAGGAGUUUCGCUAUUGGAAUUGCCGCUGCCGGUCUCAUACUUAUGCUAGCUGUGGUAGCCGCCAUCCUAAUACUACUCGCCAAGAGACGGCACAAGAGUCUGUCUACGACAGGAUCGUCCAUAUACAGUGGACCGUACACUAAUACCGCUUACAGCCACAGUAGCUAAGUCAGCUUACAGCAGAGUAACUAAGUUCGAUGCGGGAUUAAGAUAGCCGAGAUGUUCCGAAGAUAUUCGUAUUUCUGCGGCCCCCGCAGCUUUUUUUACAGAAUCCGUAGUAACGCGACAUUUCGCGGUACGUCUUCUUGAUUGACAAAGAUUAAUUAGAUUUUUAAUCGCUGUCAAUGCGAGAUCGAUUUCGAGAUGACGAUUGCAGGGUACUGAGAUUCAACAAAACACAACGAACAAAAUGCGGAUCUCUUACUCAACUAUUGAAGUAUUCCUUAUAAUCUUAUAAUGUGUUUUAUAUUGAAUUGUUAAUGAAUUAAUACUGAAAGUGAGUCAAUUGAUACGCGGAUACCUACAACUCACCGGUUCGCGUACUCACGAAUAGUCUCGUCAAUGCGCGAGCCUUGGCGCCAUUUAGUCUCUCGAUCUCCAGAUUUCAGUAUGCAAUUUAAUAAUAUUUCGUUAUUAUUUAUUACAAUUUCAGAGUAAAA